GUCGCAACCGAUCCUCCCUCUCUCCUCUCUCUGAUCCGCCGCCCUCCCCCCUCCUCUUCCUCUUCUGUUCGGCACAGGGGCCGCGGUGCCCUUCACUCGCGCUCCCGCGCCGCUCUCUCGCAGGCGCUUGCUCGGCUCAAGGGGGUCUCUCCGACGCCACCUCGGAGAGCUAGGGGAGCCAUGGCAGCCGAAGCCUUGAUCUUCGAGGACGCACCAGCUCAGCUGGCACGAAGCGCGGCGUCGUCCGUGCCCAAGCGGAAGCGCGAGGCCCUAGGCGACAUCACCAACGUCACGCCGCAGCGCGCCCCGCGCACAAGGGGUGGCGGCGCGGCGGGCGCGGCCCCCGACGCGGCGCUGACGCCGCAGAAUCCGCCACAGCCCGCCGGGGCAGGCGGCGCUGGCCCCUCCUCGCUGGAGGUGCGCCUGCAGCGCUUCACGCUCGUCAGCAGGUCCGCGCCAGAAUGGAUCCGCGGCGAGUUCCAGGCGCCCGAGAGCUGCCUCCUGGAGCCGCCCCCGCGCCUGCUGGCGGCGCUCGGCCGACCGCUGUCGGUGUGCCGCUGCUCCUGGGAGCCCCGCGCGCGGCGAGGCGAAAGGCGGCUGUGCGCCCGAAGCACCGAGGAUCACGACGAGCUACGCCUGCUGCGCGCGCUCGGCGAGCAGUUCCUUGCGGGCCUCCCGCUGGCCGCCGCGGCGCCGGAGCCGCCCGCGGUGCGUGCCUGCUGCGGGGCCGCUGAGGUGCACUUCGUGCUCGACGCCGGCGGCGGUCCGCGCUCCACCGUCCUGGGCUACGUGGCCGUGGUGAGGUCCUACGAGCACGGCGUGGUCCCGAACGUGCCUGGGCUCUCCGAGAGGUUGGCAGCCUCCGCCCGCGCGGCGGCGUCGCGGCGGGCGCCGCUGCUCGAGCAGCUCUUCGUCGAAGAGGGCCACCGCCGCCGCGGCGUGGCGACGGCGGCGCUCCGCCAGCUGCUCGCGGGGCAGAGCGCGGUCGCGGUGAGUUCACCCUCGCUUGGCGCGCUGGCGGUCCUGGAGAAGCUCGGCUUCCAGCUGGUCGGCUCCGCGGCGCGGGCGGGCGGUCUUUCCGUGUGUCUGCUGGCAAGGGCCCGGCGCGACGACGAGGACCAAUGGCUUCUGCAGAAUUCAUCGGCUAAUUUGAACAGAUUCUCUCCCGAAGAUGUAAAGCUGCAUAAGCAUUACAUUUUAUGAUUGUGCAAGGGCUUCUUCUUCUGAUCACGGGAGGCGGCGCGUGGGGCGUGCCGCGCAGCAGCAUUAUUUUCAUCACCGAGCUUGCGUAGAAGCUUGAGGCCGCUUCGGCGGUGAUAUCUAUCGGGCGACACACGCGGGGAGUGAGUGGCCAGCGGAAAACGUGCCCUGUCGCUUUGGUCUUUGGUUCGUCUAUCGGGCCCUGGGGAAAGGGCCCUGAGGAGAGGAAUGGGCUUCCAGGUGCAGCUUGCAUUACUGAGGACCUCUCCGCCCUAGGUCAUUGACCGCUCUUGGGCAUCGCUGGAGUCACUGGCAACCGAAGCGGUUAGCAGUGAUGAUGCCAUGGCAUUAGGCCAUGCCGUUUCAGGCACUAUGCUGCGCACUUCUCUCUCUCUCUCUGUCCCUGCAUGUAUAUAGAUAGAUCAAUACGCAUCGGUGUAGCUCUGCAUGUGUAUGUACGACCUCUUGUGCUGGUCAUACACAUCACUCCUUGUCGCAUUGCAUACGCCAUGGACGAAUGUUUGUUCAAUUGCGCACGCACAUCAGGAUCCACUGGGAGUUUGGCCGUGUGCGUCGACGGGGCAGGCGUACAAAUGGCCGGUUUCGGUACAACAGCUUCGUUGAAGUUUUCCUGCCAGAUGGGGUAAUCAUCCCAGUCAGCUUGAAUCGGCGUCUGUUGCAGCCUCCUCCUGUCAAAUCGUAUGCAGCUGCGCGUGGAUCAUGUAUUCGCAGAA